AUGGAAGCUUCACACAAGAAGAAGGGUAAAAGACCCAACCUUUUGGCCGAUACAGUCUUCUCUUGGUCCCUUGAUGACGUUCUCAACGAACGUCUCUUCAAGAACAAGGUGGAAAAGAUUCCUGAGUCAUUUAACUCUGUUGGGCAUUACUUUGGGUGUUAUCUGUAUCCUUUAUUGGAAGAAACACGUGCACAAGUCCAUUUGAGUAUGGAGACUAUUCACAGAGCACCAUAUGCUAAAGUAGUUUCUUUUGAAAAUGCCAAGCCAUAUGGAAGAAAGCUCUAUAAUAUCAAGGUUGAUUACUGGCGAAACAGGUUCAAUGACCAUGGCAAGGAGCAGUAUAAAACUUUGCCUGGUGAUCUUUUUGUUUUAGCAAAUGCUAAACCUGAAACUGUUUCAGAUUUACAAAGGGUUGGGAGGUCGUGGGCUUUUGGAUCAGUCACUAAAGUGUCAGAAAAUGAUGACACUACUUCUCUUUAUUUUAAAGUCAAGGCUUCCAAAGAACUUGAAGUCUUAAAGAGCACAACACCAUUGUUUAUGGUUUUCCUAGUGAACUUAAUACCAAAUGGAAGAAUAUGGAAAGCUUUGCACAUGUCCAAAAACCUGAAGAUUAUCAAGGAGGUUCUGUGCCCUGAUUCUGAGGCUCAGAAAAGUCUCUUCUCUGAAAAGAACAAUGACAUGGUGAAUAUGGGAUUAGUUCAGAGUUUAUCAUCUGGUUUGAAUGAAUCCCAAACUGGGACCGUUUUGGCCUGUCUUGAAAUGCUGCAUUCUCAUGAGAAGUCUGCUGUGGAACUGAUUUGGGGUCCUCCUGGUACUGGAAAGACUAAAACUAUUGUCACCCUACUUUUAACCCUGCUACAGAUGAAUUGUAGGACUCUUGUCUGUGCCCCAACAAAUGUUGCAAUAACUGAAAUUGCUUCUCGCCUUGUAAAGAUGGUGACUGAAGUAGAGUCCAAUGCUCUGUAUUGUUCUUUGGCAAAAGUUCUUCUAUUUGGGAAUAAGGAGCGACUCAAAGUUGGUUCAGACGUUGAAGAGAUAUAUUUAGAUUACCGUCUCAAAAGGCUUGCUGAGUGCUUAGGGCCACAGACUGGUUGGAGGCAUUGCUUUACUUCCAUGAUAGAAUGUCUUGAAGAUGGUGUUUCUCACUACCAUACUUUCUUGGAAAACGGAUUAACUAUUGAGAAGGAACCGAAGACUACAGGUCAAAUGAAAGAGAAAGAAAGCAGAAUUGUCACUAAAGUGGGCAAGGACAAGUGCAAAACAUUUCUGGAGUUUAUUAGAGAUAGAUUUGUUUCUACUGCAUCACCUCUAAGAUAUUGCAUUUCUAUCUUCUGUACCCACAUGGCGAACAAUCACAUUUCCGUAGAUAUUUUCCAAAACAUGGUUUUGCUUGUCAACUUGGUAGAUUCCUUUGAAUCAUUGUUGUUUCAAGGUAAUGUUGCUUCUGAAGCACUUGAAGACAUUUUCUCUCGUUCUGAUGUAGAAGACAUAUCAGAGACAUGUGUUGAUAACUCGUUUCUUCUAUUCUCAAAUAGAAGAGAAUGCCUUCAAGCCUUGCAUAAACUAUUUGACUCUCUUAGAAAACUUGAUCUUCCGGACUUUAUGAAGCAAGAGUCUCUAAUGGCAUUUUGUUUUCAAAGUUCUUCCUUGAUAUUUUGCACUGCAUCCAGCUCAUAUAAGUUGCACAAACUGGCAAUGCAGCCACUAAGCAUUGUGGUAAUUGAUGAAGCUGCUCAAUUGAAAGAGUGUGAAUCAACAAUCCCCCUUCAACUACCAGGUGUGAGGCAUGCUGUUCUUGUUGGUGACGAAUGUCAGUUACCUGCUAUAGUGAAGAGCAUUGUUUCUGAUGAAGCUGGUUUUGCAAGAAGCUUGUUUGAGAGGUUAAGCGUAGUUGGUCACUCAAAACACCUCCUGAAUGUGCAGUACAGGAUGCAUCCAUCAAUCAGUUCCUUCCCAAAUUCUAGUUUCUACAAUAACAUGAUCCUGGAUGCUCCAUAUAUUAAAAGGAGAGGCCAGGAGAAAAAUUAUCUUAAAGGGUCAAUGUUUGGUCCUUACUCUUUUAUCAAUGUAAUUGGUGGACGAGAAGAGAAAGACGAGGAUGGACGCAGUCGGAAGAAUAUGGUUGAGGUUGCUGUUGUUUCACAAAUACUGCGGAAUUUGUACAAAGAAUGGAUUGAUUCAAAACAGAAUCUCAGUAUUGGUGUAGUUUCUCCAUAUGCUGCUCAAGUAGUCGCAAUAGAGGACAAACUUGGACAGAAAUAUAAUAAUCUUGAUGGAUUUAUAGUGAAAGUGAAGACAGUUGACGGGUUCCAGGGUGGGGAAGAGGACAUCAUUAUAUUUUCCACUGUACGAUCCAAUUGUCAACAGUCACUUGAGUUUAUUUCAAAACCGCAGAGAAUUAAUGUUGCUCUUACAAGGGCAAGGCACUGCCUGUGGAUUUUGGGGAAUGAAAGAACUCUAUGUGAAAGUGAGUCUGUUUGGGAGGCCUUGGUCCUUGAUGCCAAAAAUCGCCAAUGCUUUUUUAAUGCUGAUGAAGACGAGGAUUUAGCCAAGGCCAUACUACAAGUGAAGAAACAGUUCGACCAACUAGAUGAUUUGCUUAAUUCUGACAGUGUACUUUUCAGAAGAGCUAGAUGGAAGGUACUUUUUAGUGAUAACUUUUUGAAGUCAUUCAAGAAACUGAAAUCAGUCAGUUUGAAGAGGUCAGUGCUAAAUGUUCUACUAAAGCUUGCCAGUGGCUGGAGACCGAAGAUGCAUAGUUCAGAUAUACUUUGUGGUAACUCUUCACUGAUCCUGAAGAAAUUUAAGGUUGAUGACCUAUACAUUGUUUGCACAACAGACAUAGCAAAGGAUUUUAGAUACAUUCAAGUAUUGAAGAUUUGGGACAUAAUGCCUAUAGAGGAUAUCCCAGCGUUGGUAAAUCGCCUGGACAAUAUAUUAAACAAAUAUACAGAUGAGUAUAUUAAUCUGUGUAAGGAGAAAUGUCUCGAGGGUGAUUUGGAAGUUCCAAAGAGCUGGCCAAGUUCUUUGGAGUUUUUGCGGUUUAAGGAUCUUAGCUGCACUGACAUCCAAAAUGAUUUAGUUGGUGACACUUCUGAUGGUCGAAGUUAUGUGGAGAAUUCAAGGGUCAGCGAAAGUUUGUUACUGAUGAAAUUUUACUCGCUAUCAUCUGGCGUUGUAAACCACUUGCUGUCUGAUCAUGAGGGUAUAGAACUGGAUCUUCCUUUUGAAGUUACAGACCAAGAAAUGGAGAUUAUCCUUUAUCAAAGAAGUUCCUUUAUAGUUGGACGGUCAGGAACUGGGAAAACAACAGUUUUAACAAUGAAAUUAUAUCAGAAAGAACAGUGGCACCAGUUGGCUGUGCAAGGAUGCCAGCUUAGUGACAGCAGCAAGGUUGAACAGAUUUCUGCAGACACUGAGGGGAAAGUUCUUCACCAGCUUUUCGUGACAGUGAGUCCAAAGCUCUGUUAUGCUAUCAAGCAACAUGUUUUACACUUGAAAAGAUUUGCAUCUGGUGGAGGUCAUUCAACUGAAACCACUUUGAUUGAUAUGAGUGAUUUUGAUGAGGAUGCAGCUCAAUUCAACGAUCUCCAUGAUUCAUUUCAUGAGGUUCCUCCCCAUUCUUACCCUCUUUUCAUCACAUUGCAGAAGUUCUUAAUUAUGCUUGAUGGAACAUUGAGAAACUCGUACUUUGAAAGAUUCCUUGAUGCAACUGAGGUUACUAAUGGUCAAGUACGAAGUUCAAGAUCAGUUGCUUUGCAGACAUUUAUAAGAACAAAGGAAGUCAGUUAUGAGAAGUUUAGCUCAAUAUACUGGCCACAUUUUGAUACCGAGUUAACAAAGAAGCUUCAUGCUUCAAGAGUCUUCACGGAGAUCAUUUCUCAUAUAAAAGGUGGCCUGGGAGCUAUUGAAGCAUGUAAUGGUAAACUCAGUCGAGAGGAUUAUGUUCAACUGUCAGAGAACCGAGCUUCCAGUCUAACUAGCCAAGAGAGAGAAGUUAUAUAUGAUAUCUUUCAGAUGUAUGAAAAAAUGAAGAUGGAACAUGGUGAAUUUGAUCUUUCUGAUUUUGUAACUGAUCUUCACCGUCGACUCAGGCAUGAAAAGUAUGAGGGGGAUCACAUGGACUUUGUUUAUAUUGAUGAGGUUCAGGAUCUCACCAUGAGUCAGAUUGCCUUGUUUAAACACAUGUGCCACAAUGUUGAAGAGGGGUUUGUAUUUUCAGGUGAUACUGCACAGACAAUUGCAAAGGGUGUUGAUUUCAGGUUUCAAGAAUUACGACAUCUAUUCUAUAAGAAGUUUAUUCUUCACCUGACUCAAAACUUCCGUACCCAUGCUGGAAUCCUCAAGCUAUCACAAAGCAUUGUUGAACUUCUUUAUCAUUUUUUCCCCUCUUCCAUUGAUGUUUUAAAACCUGAAAGCAGUUUGAUAUAUGGGGAAGCUCCAGUUUUAUGUGGUGAGUCUGAACUGGAGAAGGCCGCAGAAUGUUUUUCUCUAGCAGGAUGCUAUGAGGAGGCUGCAGAUGUGUAUGCUAAGGGGAACUUUUUCUCAGAGUGUCUCACUGUUUGUGCAAAGGGAAAACUAUUUGAAAUGGGCUUGCAAUACAUCAAUAACUGGAAACAGCAUGCAGGAGAGGUCACUGCCAUGAUUACAAGAGGAAACGGAAUAAAUAGAAUGGAGCAUGAAUUUUUAGAGAGCUGUGCUGUUCACUAUUACAAUUUGCAUGAUAACCGAUCCAUGAUGAAGUUUGUUAAAGCUUUCCAUUCUAUUAUUUUGAUGCGAAACUUUUUGAAGAGGUUGGAUAGCCUUGAUGAGCUUUUGUUGUUGGAGGAAGAAUUUGGAAAUUAUCUGGAAGCUGCGAACAUUGCACAGCUAAAAGGUGAUAUUCUGCUUGAAUCUGAUUUCCUUGGAAAGGCAGGAAAGUUCAAAGAGGCCUCAUUGCACAUACUGUUCUUAGUACUUGCCGAGUCUCUUUGGUCAUCUGGCAGCAAGGGCUGGCCUCCGAAGACGUUUCCACAACAGGAGGUGCUUUUGGCAGAAGCCAAGUCACUUGCCAAGAAUGAGACAGACAUCUUUUAUGAGGUGGUUUGCACUGAGGUUGAUAUCCUAUUAAGUGGGAUGGAUAGCUUGGCUGUUUUGAGAAAUCAACUGGAAGCUUCUGUGAGACAUAUGAGUAUCAGAGGGGAAGUGCUAUCUGCUCGAAGAAUUUUGGAUGCCCAUCUUUCUCGAAGAACUGAUAAGUAUGUAUGGGAAAAAGACUUGAUUGGUGAUCUUGUACAGCAUUCAGAAGAGAUAAUAUCUAAGAAUCAAGUUUCCAUAGACUCACUCAUCUACUUCUGGAAUUCUUGGAAGGAGAAGAUCCUUCAAAUAAUUGAAUCUGUAGGUUGUUUGGAAACACAGGACUACAAGGGUUAUGUAGAGUUUGGUUUUGCUUUUUUAGGAGUAUGGAGGUUAAAUCAUAAUACGAGUCCAGUCUAUGUUUUACUUAUCUCUGAUGCUGAUUGGGUUAGAGGUCUGGACAAAAUACAUUUCCAAAAUUAUGGGAAGUUAGUCUCCAUUGAUGUUCACCAACUCAUUCGAGCUGCUCAAACUUAUUGGGGUUCAGAACUGGUCACUGUUGGCAUCAAGGUAUUGGAGAAGCUUGAAGCACUUUUCAAGUUCCCAAUCAACAGUCCUGAUUCAAUUUUCUUUCAAAGCAGGGUUCUUACUCUAAUCAAUGAUGUUGGAAUGUAUCUUUUGGAUUCCAACUGUCUGAAACAAAGGAAUCAAGAUACCAUGACAUUACAGAGGUUUGUAACCUUUUCGACUGAAAAAUAUAUUACGUGCAUAUUUCCUUUAGAUUGGAGGAAUUCAGCGAGAGAGAAUAUGAUUUCUCUCAGAAGAACUUAUGCUUCCCAAUCUGUGCUGAAACAAGCUAUAGUUAAAUGUAUCAGCGGGAAGAACAAGAUGUCUUAUGGGCAAAUUGGAAAGGUCAUCAUGAUCAUUCUUGGGUCUGGUAAGCCAAGUAGUGAACUUCACAGCAUGCUUAUGAAAAAGCUGGUCGACAACCCGCCAUGGAUGUCACUCAUUGAGACUUUGUAUGAGGAAAUGGGACCUUGGAGUCGUAGUGGAGAACCAAAACAGGUGUCAGUUUUGUGGCGAUUCUAUGAAGCAUUAGUCAAAACUUAUAGUGCAAACUGGAGGGGUCUUCAUGAUUACAUAUCUCCUGGUUGCUUCUUGUAUCUUGUAGAGCGCCUUUUGACUUUGGCAUCUUGCUUUCAUGGUUUUGUAAUGUGCACCAGUUCAAAUUUUAUAGAAUGGCUGAUCUACAAGGAUGGAGAUACCACCACAAGUUCACCAUCUCUGGAACGGGUUUCUGAUUUUGUGACUGAUGUGGUUCGAGAUUGUGUUUAUAAGAGGGCAAACCUUACUGAUUGGAUUAAAAAAACUGAUGCAGAUGGGAAGAGUUCUUAUUCGCUACUGAUGUUGAGACUGGUCAUUCUACUAUGUUUGCUCACUGUGAACUUUGGGAAGUCUUUAGAUAUGCUCCUUGAUGUUCUGGGGAAGAACUAUGUCACUGCAGUACUGCCCAAGGAAUUUGUUGAUGUCCUUAAGAAGGGGAGGAAAGACAAAUCUCCUACUGCCUGUGUGCUAUCUAUAGCUACUGCCCUUAAGGGGAUUGGUAAUCCUCUAGUCAUUGCUAGUUUUGGGUCCAAUUGUUCAAGGUUCUUAUGCGCAGAUGCCAUUUAUGUUGACAUGUCAUUAGACCUGUGCAAGGAGGACAUUUUCAGGAAAUUGUUCCCUAAAUCCCCUGUUCUUCCAGCUUCAAAAAGCCAAAUGAGGCCUGUUGAAGGGAAAGGUAAUAAUCGUUAUACUUUUCUGUCCGAUGAUGGAGACACUGAGGGUGAAGAUGAGGAGAUUUGCAUUUCCAAUGACUCGAAGCCAAAGUGUCCAGAACCUGAUGCUGCUUCUGCAACCCACGGGAAGAAAAAGGGCAACACCAAGAAGCCUAAGGGGAAAAAAGGCCGCAAAUAG